CACUACUUCUACAAUCUCGUCGAUCCUAGCCAGGUGCACCUGUACGGUCGUCCACCCAACGCGACAAACGACACAUUAUGGCAGAAAGCCAUUCGUGAAAAUCCAGAUCCAAGCUGUCUCGUGCCGGUGAUCGCAAAUGGCUUCGAUGACUUACAACAGCGAGUCGAGGCACAGACCCAACAAGCGGCGGCACAUCAAGAGAAACUUAAGGAACUGUCAACGCGAAUAACAGCGCUAACCCGGCAGCAUCAACUGUCGAACGCCCCUCGAUUGCAACGAGCCGCGGCGCUGCAGACGCAAUUGACACAUCGUGUACUUAAGGUGGUACAACACCUCCAUCUGCUCAUCCCCGCUGUUCGCUCGUCCGCGAUCAGGCCAGAAGAGGAGGCCUUACGUGCGGCUUUGGAGGACGUCGACCAGGAGAUCCGGAGACCAGGCGGUAUCGGGCGGAUGCGGGGUAAGCUCAAUGAGCUGUGGGCGCUCGUAGGUGCUGUCUCCGCUGCAAGGGAGAGGGAUCAUCGAGCCGGAAGUGUGGAGUGGGCUGUUGUAGACGAGCAGGGACUCAGUCAGCUCGCUCAGAUACUAGCGGAGGAGCAGGCGGGUCUGGCGCAUCUAACAAAAAUACUGCAGCGGGAUCUGAAGGAUCUGGCUGUAAUAGAAGGAAGGACUGUGAAAGAGGAGGAGCCGGAUUUACUGCUCAACUCGACCUCGUCAUUGCAUGGACGUAGUAGGAUGUACUGA